AUGUCUAUCUGUGUCUAUUGGUCUCUUCAUAUCUAUCUAUCUAUCUAUCUAUCUAUCUAUCUUGGCCUCUUCAUGUCUCUCUCCUGGACUCUUCAUAUCUAUCUAUCUAUCUAUCUAUCACAAUAUAUAUUUAUUAUUAUUACUGGUAAUAUUUUUUAUCUAUCUAUCUAUCUAUCUAUCUAUCUAUCUAUCUAUCUAUCUAUCUAUCUAUCUAUCUAUCUAUCUAUCUCAGUACAUAUUGUUUCUCUUUUGAUCUCUUCAUAUCUACCUGUCUGUCUUUUUGUCUGUCUGUCUUGGUCUCUUCAUGCCUAUCUGUAUCUCUUGGUCUCUUCAUUAUCUAUCUAUCUAUCUAUCUAUCUAUCUAUCUAUCUAUCUAUCUUGGUCUAUCCAUGUAUAUUUGUCUCUCUUGACCUCUUCAUAUCUAUCUAUCUAUCUAUCUAUCUAUCUAUCUAUCUGUCUAAUCUAUUUCUAUCUAUCUAUCUAUCUAUCUAUCUAUCUAUCUAUCUAUCUAUCUAUCUAUCUUAG